AUGGAUUCUGCUUCAAGCUUUCAGACGACAAACGAAACACAGAGGAUCUAUUCCUUGUAUAAUAACAGCGAUUUACGGCCGCAUCUGUCGCCAGAAAGCGAUGAAACAGAUGAAUACUUGUUGUCGGGUCAUGUGGACCGGUACGGAAACGUGGAAACAGACAGUCUGCCCCUUAAACAACUUCAACUAAAACCAGGCAAAAAGAAGUUCUUACGGCUUGAUAAGGCUGCAAAACAUCUGACACAACGAGUCUUCUAUGCACAGGAUAUUGCCAGAUUUAACGACUGUGACAUAUUCACUCCUCACCUUUCGUCCAUCAACAUUGCCAAAGCUGAGGAUAAGGAAAACAAUCGAGCAAAAAAAUGGAUCGACAUGUGCCAAGUCCGGAUGGAAUCCGGUAACCAAGUGUUUGAAUUCUGUUUAAAUAAAAAACUUAUUCGUCGUACAUUCAAAGGUGUACCCGAUUGCUGGCGCUCCACCGCUUGGUCAUCAUUCCUCGGCAUUAACACAGAAAAGAAAGCUCUCACCGAGCAGUACCACAGACUUUGCGAAAUGGAGUGUGCUUACGACAUUCAGAUUGAUUUGGAUGUUCCUCGGACAGCGGCGUCGCAUAUAUUAUUCAGAAGACGUUAUUUCGGUGGACAACGGUCAUUGUUUCGUGUCCUGCAUGCAUUUGCGCUUUUCAUGCCAAGUAUUGGGUAUGUACAGGGUAUGGCAUCGAUCACUGUUGUUCUUUUGAGUUAUUUGCCAGAGGACUCUGCGUUUUUGGCCCUUGUAGCCAUUAUGGAGAAACAUGGCAUGCAGAAACUGUACACACUCGGAUUCACCAACCUGUUGACGGCAUUCGACACCUUAAAAAAUGAGCUGGAAUACUUGCCAACAGGCAGCAAAUUGUCUGAUUUAGGCAUAGAACCUUCGGCCUUUGUAACGAGAUGGUACCUAACCAUCUUCCAUCAAUGUGUACCUUUCCAUACACAACUUCGUAUAUGGGACGUACUUUUGUUAAUGGGAAGUGAUGCUGAUAAAACAAUCCGGCUACUGCAAGCAGUGGCUUUGGCACUUCUCCGUGGUUUGGAAGAAGUGAUAAUGGAUACUGAUUUUGAAGGAGCCAUGCAGGCUCUGUCAGGAACAAUUCCUGUUCAAAAUGACAAUGCUCUCAUGGCUCAUGUUAAACAGUAUUGGCAUGAGAUGCCGUCUGAAGCGUUUGAACGGCGUACUAGAGAAGCGUGUGGCAUGGUUCAUUGA